AUGUCUGAAUACCCAGCAGACGAUGACAACAAUACGACCGUCGUCUUGCAUAAUUGCACCAUGGACCCUACACCGGCUCCAGCACCUCGCAAGCGUCGACGAAUCCGUAUCCGUUCGUCUGUACCUAUCGUUAAGGCUGUACCUGCGAAAGUCAGUCCUGCUGAAGCCAAGAAGGAAAGGGCCAUCAGGUACCAGAGAAAACUGGAGGUUUUAGCCAACAAGUGGGGCAAAGUGCUUAACAACAUGUGCGUUAACUACCUUGUUUUUGUUGGUCAGCAAGGUGGCUUGCCAUCCACCGAGAUUGUUUCUCCAGUUGCAAUCGAUUGCCAAUGUGGUAGUGAAAAAGUACUUCUGACAAAGACCGUCAGAAUGUACUUUUUCCAUGCCAUCAAGGAUGUAUCAGUUAGUUACUGCAGCUGUAAGCCCUUGGCAGAAGCAUUAAUUUUGAUGGGUAUGUUUCCUGCUUCGCCCACAGACCCCAAAAAUGCCAUUCAUUUGGGUUUGUUGGGCUAUUUUAAUGAAGUUCGAAACACCUUGAAGUCUUCUUCUGAGGGUAUUACAAAGUUGUAUAACAACUUACAAGGAAAUCCACUGACAUCUUUGUCAGUGAACAAUUUCCGUACUGUAUUUAAUAUGUACAACAAGGUCAUUUUGUUGACAGACGAAAUGGUCAACGAGCGAUCUUUGUUGAAAGAUCAGGCGAUGUGCUGUCCUGCUUGUCCUAGUAGGGACUCCAUUCACCCUAUGGAUCGCAUUUUCAUUACUAUGGAUGGGUGCUUUAGUAUGAAAUGUAAGUCGAAAGCAAGUCCUCUUGAUCAACUUAAUUUGGUCAACACCGUGGAGAACGCUUGGGUGAAGCCUGAAUGUGUUGAGCUUUAUAAGAAGGAAAAAGCUCCCAAAGACGCUCUCAUGAAUGAGAACACAUUUAGAGCUGCAGGUAAUGGCGCCUCAUACAAGUCAAAGUUGUAUCCCGUAAAAGGAAUUUUUACGGCUUCAUGCGCGCGCCAUGACCUCACCCUAAAGAUGGUGGAUAUGGAUAGUGGUGAAGGAUUCAAAUAUCCACUAUCAGUUCUCCACGAGCUGUUUCAGGAGGACAAGGACAGCCUUGUUACGCCCGUUAAUUUGAUGUACGACAUCAUUUGUGUCUUGGAGAAGUCGUUGACGACUCACUUCCCGUACUUGACUGCUAACGGCACUCUUGCACUCCCCGUUUUUCAUGCUUAUGCGCAUGUUAUUAGCUGUCAGUCCAGCUUUAAUCCUAAAACAUUGAAUCGUACGGCAGGACUGACGGCGAGGCAUCGGAACGUUUAUGGUCUUCACUCAGACCAUUCGUCACCAUUACACGUCCGAUGUCUCAGGCCAACAGAAGGCUGA